CCGAUAAUGCUGCACAUUUUAGUAUUGAGGUACACAUAUAUAUGACUGUGUUUGAGGUUGUCUAAGUAAUGCUCUCGUUCAAUACUAUCUAACGCGUCGUCUUCCCUGCAAGACCAAUCAAGAGCAUGGCCGACAUCAGGCACCCUGAAAGUGAGCGUUACGCUUCCUCAGGCUUUGGAAAUCGCAUCGGAUGGGGCACUUCACCCGCUCUUCUCCUUAUCGAUGUUUGUAAGGCGUACUGGACAGAGGGUAGUCCGCUGGACACACGGUCAAAUCCCGCCUCUGUCGCUUCGAUUCAGUCAAUGAAGGCUCUUUUGGCGGCCGCUCGUGAGGGCAACUGCCCAGUCAUCUGGACCCGUGUAGUGUACAACGACAUGAAGGAGGCUGGCAUAUUCUAUCUCAAAAGCAAGCCGUUGGAUCUCUGGAAAGUGGGUGAUGAAAGGGGCUUGGCCGAUUGGGUAGAGGGACUGGUUCCAGAUUUCUCAAAGGGAGACGUGCUGGUCGACAAGCGAUAUCCAAGUGCUUUUUUCGGAACGGACUUGAUUACGAGACUGAACGUGUUGCGUGUAGACACGCUUGUCAUCUGUGGUGUGAGCACGAGUGGAUGUGUCAGAGCCAGCACUUUGGACGCUAUGCAGCAUGGGAUAAGGCCAAUGGUUGUCGGCUCGGCCUGCGGGGAUCGGUCUCCCGAGAUUCACAAUGCAAAUAUGUUCGACAUGAACGCGAAAAUGGCGGAUGCUGUCAGCGAGGAAGAAGCCGUGGAUCGCCUAAGAGCAGGCUGGAAGAGAGCCUGAUCCGUCAGAUUUGUAGAGAUAUCAAACAAGUUACUUCAUUACGCCUUGCCCUGUGCGACUCCGCGGACGGAUGAUCGCGUAAAGACAGAAUACAAAUGCGGUUGCCGAGUAGCACAAGGGUCCAAAUAGAAGCCUUGAACCUUGG